AGCAUGUAUUUUUUUCGUCAGGUUUGUUAUAUAACACAACCAGGAAGUUCAUGCACAAAAUGGAUCUAAAAUUACUGUCCUAAAUAACUGGUUUCGGUGGCUUAUACUGCAAACAACGUAGUUCAAACAACGUAGUUUAGAACAGUGGGGUUGUUAUAUGUAUACCGGUACAUGUAUACAUGUCAGUCGUUUUUGUUCGUAUUGCAAGCUGUUGCUCAACAUGGAGAUAAAUAUCUUUUUGAAAGCAUCGGUCCUUUUCCUAUCUCUACUAAGACAAUGUGUUGUUCUAGGAAAUAAUCCGCUUGGAGAGGAAUGGAUGCUGCGGCAUUGGCAUGAUUUACCGUGGUAUUGCCCGGGUAGGUGUAAUAGUACCGGUACCGGUGAUCUUAACAAGUACAGUGAAGAACUGUGCUGCAAUUGCAAAUCGAAAAGCGCUUUUGAUUUCGACAACAAUCCAUGUGAAGCAAAUAUUUCAUCUCUUGGAGAAAUAGUUGAUGGUGGAUGCAAAGGAAACACCGUGUUAGAGCAUACUGUUCCAAAACUGUACAAAUUCCCGGAUAAUGCGUGUGCAUUUCCCGGAAUAACCAAAAUUGUUUUGUCAGGAAAUUUAAUUCUUGAUAUUCCAAAUUUAGCAUGUCUGUCCAACUUGACGUAUUUAAAUUUAUCAAGGAAUAAAAUAACAACUCUACGGCAGGCCUCUUUAGUUAACAAUACAAAUCUGAGGAUUGUAGACCUUUCUUCCAAUUCUAUCACACACAUUGAGACAGGGGUCCUUGAAUCGCUCUCUUUCCUCACCAUGAAUCUGAGAAAUAACUCAAUAUCGACAUUAGACGUCACGGAUUUGAUGAUAUCAAGGUCUUUUUGUCAAAUAGAUAUUUCGUAUAACAGAGUGGAAUCCAUCGUGAAUAGCAAUAACUGGACUGUCGACAACAAGAACAAUUAUGGAACUGGAUUUUACAACGGAACCUACAAUCAGAUGAAAUAUCUCCCAGACUGGAACAAAAUCGGUGUCCCGAAUUUGACAUCUCUGAAUGCAAUGAUCUAUCGUGGGUAUGACAUACGGCAUAAUCCAAUUUAUUGUGACUGUAACUUAGCACAGCCUCUGGUUUUCUUUAGACCGAUUCUUGUAAUAAUUGAUCGUGAUUUCUUCUAUGUCAGGUGUAAUGGUCCAAAAGCACUCACUGGUCAGAAAUUGCGCAGCUUCUUAGAGGGAAACCGUAUUACACAGCUCGUGUGUAACUACACGGGGGUCGCGCUCUGUCCUUCACAAUGCACAUGCGUUAAAGAACCUAGAUACUCCAAAAGAAAUGUCUUCCAAGUCAUCCUUGUCACUAUCAUUACCUGUAAUAACUCGUCAUUAUACCGCUUACCGCACAUUUUACCAGAAAGUGAUGAAAUCGAGUUCUGUUUCAACGGAAGUGGCAUAAAGGAACUAACCAACGAGCAUUAUUUGGCUCGUGUGACGGUCUUGAAAUUGGUGUCAAUGCCUCGUUUUGACAAAAUGGCAUUGGAAAACCUCAAGAGUCUAAAAGAACUAUCUUUACCCUUACAGGCGCAGUUGAAUGGAAUACCAAAAAAAUUGUCCUUUCUUCAUCCCUGUGUGUUUCUUCAAGAAGACAAUUUUGUUAUGAAUUGUACCUGCUCUCUUAAGUGGAUGAUUGAAUGGUUGUCGUUAGUCGUCUCCAGUGAAUGUCAGAGAAAUUUCGAGUUUAAAUGCUUGACUAAAAACAACACUGAACCUGCCAGGACCUAUCUACAAAACAUAGACUGCAAUGUUCACACUUCUGAUUCCAUCUAUCUGACAUUGACGUCCAUGUGUCUCGCUUUGCUGGUCCUGCUUCUAUUUCUGACAGCAGCGUGGAAACGGAAAUGCGAAAUCAGACUGCUAAUCAGGGAAACAAAACUCGGUAAACUCUUGAGGUCGCGAGUAACUUUGGACCAGGAUCGGGUUGUUUUUAUUUCAUUUGAUGGAUCUAAUCACUGCAUCCACUCAUUCAUUUUCGAAAAAUUGGAGCCUUUCUUGGUCACGAACGGGUUUCACGUUUUCAUACCACCACGUGACUUAGCCGUAGGGAGCGUUCGAAGCGAAGAAGCUGCAUGGCAGAUUUCCGUUUCCAGAUACUACAUAACGUUCCUCUCUUUAGGUUAUUUGGAUGAAGACGUGUUCGAAACACGAAGCGAGUGGAGAUGCAUCUGGAAUGGCUACUUGUCAGAUAAUAGGAAGGAAUUGUUGGUACUGAAUUACGACCUGCUGAAACCAUCCGAUGUGCCAUGCAGUAAAAUGAGAGCAGUCUUGCGAGCUGGAAAUGUCGUAGAUUUUGAUGCAGGGGAAAACACAAUAUUAUCUAAGAUAGUUAAAUUGUUUCAUACUUCAUGAUUUUGACGGAUAAUAUAAGCGUUUAUAACAGAGUGGAAAGUUCAUUUGCAGUUUGCAUACAGUUUGAAUGGAGAGUAUAGUGCAGUAGUGUUGUUUGAAUUAUAUCUAGAAUUUUCUGUGUGCUGAUUAAAUCGCUUGCAGGCAAUUGUAACCAUGUAUUAAUAUGCAGCCUUCUAUAGAAUAAAAUGUCAAAGAGUCUUUAAACUUUGUUCAAAGAAUGGUAGAAAAGAAGUUAAAUGUAGUAAUUGUUCCGUAAAUGAGUAUUUUCAUUUUCAUUUUUAUAAGCAUGAUAAUAAAACAGGA